AUGCGGUGUGAAGCGUGUGAUUUACGUUCAGCCGUUUGCCUGGGAAGUGGUGGUGCCCACGCGUCUGUCAAGCCUGUACGUUUUUGUUAUGUCUGUGGGGCAUUACUAAGUCCUAUCGUGUGUGAGGAGAAGGCAUCGCUGCCGACUGCUGAAGGGAAUUUGGUUCAUGAAACGACGGUGCCCACUGCGAGGGAGUCCGUCUCUUUUAAGGAGAUUCAGGCUCUGCUACGGAAACGCCUGCUUGCACGGGGGGAUUCUUUUCUCAUAAGUUGCGCGCCGCUUACAUCGACGCACCAGGAGCGUUAUUCACCCAAUAUGACAUUGAAGCCGCCGCCGCCGUUAAGUUGUCAGGGGCCACCCGAGUUGGUUGCAUGGAGGACACAUUCUUUUUGCGACGAGGAUGUCUCAGGGGCCUCCGACUCUCCGUUGCUUUUUGCGCGUCUCACAAGAGUGGAGGAGGCGCUUUCAGAGGUGGUUCUGGAGUUUAACACGCGGCUUGCGCUGCUGCAAACGAAUUCUUUGCGUGACGUAAACUCCUGGAGACAACAGACAUCUGAAUUAAAGGCAGAGCUUUGUCAACGGAAAGUUGAGGUGAUGACCCUGAAGAAGCGCGUGGAGGCGUUGGAGUCUAAAUUGUGUAAGCGGGACACGACACACGACGAGGAAGCGAUGGAAGAAGAAAGGAAUCGUGAAGCGGAGCGGUGUUGGCGCUCAAAACUGGAGGAGAAGGGACAAGAGAGUUUGACUGCUGCCUAUCAUUUGUUGUGUGACACACUUGCCAUAACGCAUGAAGGCUCACGCAUUGAUGAGACUGGGCGUAAUGUUUGGUCUUGUGGGGAAUAG